UGGGUAGAUAUCUUGUAUUUCCAGCAGGUGCCGCCAAAACGCGCUCCCUUGGAGGAACACAGUAUUUUUGGAAGUUUGCUGCCCUCUACUGGCACAUAAAAAUGCAUUUCUUCGAGAAAGCCACGAAUGUCCCGUUGAUAGACCGCCACAUUGUUUCUAUUAAUGGUUUACUUUCACUGACUGACAUCACUCGUGUUGUUCUUUCGUGACUCUUGUCGAUCUUUGGGUGUUUUCGGCUAAUAAUUAGGGAGAAUAAUGGCAGCUGGCGUGCAGGACGAGUGACAAGGAGGAAGAAGGAAGGAAGGGGGGGAGCUGACAUUAAAGCAACACAACAAGGAAACUACACUGCCUUCAUUUUAUCUUCUUCAAUAAUAGCCUCAACCAGUGUGGCCACGACGUGGCUCCCCCUUAUAAAGACAGCAAACACCUCCGUCCACACUGGAGCUCACCGACCGAGCCCGCUCAGCAUCGAGUGCCGAGUUGGAGCGACUUGUUCCCGGCGUCCUCGGAGCCAUGAUGGAGCCGCCCAUCUCGCCACAGGUAGUUGAGGACGGAGGAGAGGAGGACGAGGAGGAGUUGAGUGGAGGCGAGGAGGCCGACCUGCGCUCCACCUCCGGCCGGGGCUCUUUGCUCACGCGGCGAGGCAUCACAUUGCGAGUGCUCCUUAAGGAUGGCCUGGUGGAGCCAGGUGACGGCGUCCUGGCCAUCCACUACUUGGGUAAGAACUUUAUAGGGGACUUGCUGAACGACGGGAAAAUCCGCUGGGUGGAGACGGGUCAGAUCUUUAACUCACCAAGCGCGUGGGCCACCCAUUGCAAGCGCCUGGUCAACCCAGCCAAGAAGUCUGGCUGUGGCUGGGCGUCAGUGCGCUAUCGGGGUCAGAAACUGGUCCAGUAUAAGACCACCUGGCUGCACAAGUACCAGCCCAGUGCAGACAUGAGCCUGGUGAGCGAGGAGGAUGAUGACGAGGACGAAGAGGAAGGGAAAUCAGCCGUGCAGGCCGAUGAGAAGAACAGAAACAACAAAUCUGGAGGACUACAUGAUGUCCUUGCACCACGAAGAACCGACCGAGAGAGAAUCCCUGUCAGAUAUUGCACUUUAGGCACAAGGGAUUCUACCAGGGACCCCCACACACUGGUGGAGCUGUCGGCCUUCUCGGCCAUCAACAGAUUUCAGCCUUUCAACGUGGCUGUGUCCAGUAACGUGCUGUUGCUCAUGGACUUCCACUGUCACCUGACCACCAGUGAGGUUGUGGGAUACCUGGGAGGAAGAUGGGACACGAACACACAACUGCUGACCAUCUUACGAGCAUUUCCUUGUCGAACCAGACUGGCUGACAGAGACACUGCCUCUGCUGUUGAGGAGGAGAUCUGCCAGAACCUGUUCAUGCGCGGCUUGUCUCUGGUGGGCUGGUACCACAGUCACCCGCGAGGUCCGGCCUUGCCCUCCCUGCAGGACAUCGACUCCCAGAUGGACCACCAGCUGAGGCUGCAGGGCUCCAAUAACGGCUUCCAGCCAUGUCUGGGCAUCAUCUGUGGACCGUACUAUCACGGCAAUCAAGGCGUGGCCUCUACUAUAACUCCAUUCUGGGUCGUACCGCCACCUGAGCAAAGACCCAACGACUAUGGCAUUCCAGUGGCUGUGGAGGUCACCUACGUGCAAGAUAACUUCCUCACCAGUGAUGUCCUCAACGAGAUGAUGCUGCUAGUGGACUACUACAAGGCCGCUCCUGACCUCAUCCACUUCAGUCAGUACUGGUGUCCUGAUACCACCAUGAUGGACAAAAUCAAAGGCUCUCUGAGCUGCCACGCCCCCAAGGACCAAGCCUACUCUCAGAUCUUGGAGCAUGUCUACAGUCAGCUGAGCGGCGUACAGGUGCCUUGAAGACGCUCGGCCUGUGAGUGCUAGUAAGAAAAGCACAUAUGCCGACAGCUCCAUGUCAACUAUUGUAAACUUUUCUUCAGGACCUUUUGUGCUAGUGACUUUAUUUAUUAUGGCGCAUGCGUGAGGACAGAAGCAUACAUUACGUGUGCUGAUUCACAUUUAAAGUAUUUCUAACCAAUACACACUGGAAUGAUUGGGGGGGAAAAAGUGUCAUCUUUCUCUUGUAUUUUGAAGGAAAAAAAGAAAUACAUUCUAGUUUUUGUCUUUGUUUAUUGUAAGAAGUGUGGAGUCAGGAAAGAUGCACAUACAAUUAUAUUGAUAACAGACACAAGUAUGGUGGUAAAGUCCAUACCAAAUGUAAAAACUUGUACAGGGUAUUACAAUUAUAACAAUAAUAAAGGACUACAUGCACGUUUUAAGGGUUUGGAUAUAAAAAUAGAAUAAUAAAGACUGAUUAAAGAAAACAUAACCCUUUACAACCAUAAUAUGAAUGGGACUUCUUUUCUAGACACCCAAAUCUAUGCAAAAUAAACAUUAGUCUUGUGU